AUGGCACCAAGGAAAAACCACCCGCUCGCAACGUCUAAGGAGCCAGAAGCACAAGUCGAACCACGAACGCGGAGCCCGACGGAGGAGGAUAUCGAUCCGAAUCAGAGGAUCGCUGACUUAGAGGAACAAGUGCAGGAGUUAGAUGCGGAGCUGCAAAACUACAAUGCGCGAGUUCGGGAACAGGAGCGGAUGAUCAACAGUCUCAAGGAGACAAUCGAUGCGAAGGAUCGCACGAUCAUCCAGCAAGCGCAACAAAUCGCAAACUGUAGUAGACCAACUACAAUACUACCAUCUGUAGAGGGUCCGCAGAUACGUGGCAGUACAGACGGGACUAGGAAAGGAGCUGACGUCGUCACUUUGAAAGAUGGCAUAACAUAG